AUCUCUCGUCCCACAGCAUCCGGUACUACCAGACAGCGACCACCACCCCUAUCUCCUUCCGCGCCGCAGCGCGUCACGUGCCGCGGACAGGGGUCAAGCCAGGCCAGCUAGCGCCCACACGACGCCGCGGUCACCAAUGUCGGCGGAGGCGGGGGCCGGGGCGGGCGGCAGCGCCCUGCGGUGGCGGUUCUGUGGCGUACUCCCCGCGGUGGUCGCAGCGCUGCCGCUGCUGAUAGCACUCGCGCUGCCGACGGCGGCGGCGGCGGCGGCGGCGGGGUCUGGGUUCAGGUGCCGUCCGGGCUCCCGGCCGGUUCUGUUCAACUUCGGCGACUCCAACUCGGACACGGGCGGCAUGGCGGCGGCCAAGGGGUGGCACCUCACGCGCCCGGAGGGCCGCGCCUUCUUCCCCCGCCCCACCGGCCGCUUCUGCGACGGACGCCUCACUGUCGACUUCCUCUGUGAAAGCUUGAACAUCAGCUAUUUGAGCCCAUUUUUGAAGGCGCUGGGUUCCAAUUACAGCAAUGGUGCAAAUUUCGCAAGUGCUGGUGCAGCAACACAACCACGAGAUGUUCCAUUUGCGUUGCACAUACAAGUCCAGGAAUUCUUGUACUUCAGAGAUAGAUCCUUGGAACUCAUCGAUCAAGGUCUGAGUGGUCCAAUAGAUGCACAAGGGUUCCAAAAUGCUUUAUAUAUGAUAGACAUAGGACAGAAUGAUGUAAAUGCUCUUCUGUCCAACUUGCCCUAUGAUCAAGUUGUUGCCAAAUUCCCACCAAUACUUGCUGAGAUUAAGGAUGCUGUUCAGACUCUGUAUAGCAACGGGAGCCGAAACUUUUGGAUACACGGGACAGGGGCUCUCGGUUGCCUGCCUCAGAAGCUUGCCAUACCGAGGAAAAAUGAUAGUGAUCUUGAUCAGUAUGGCUGUCUCAAGACCUACAACAGAGCUGCAGUUGCAUUCAACUCAGCGCUGGGCAGCCUUUGCGAUCAACUUAGUGCGCAGAUGAAUGAUGCAACGAUAGUGUACACCGAUCUGUUCCCCAUCAAGUAUGAUCUUGUUGCCAACCACACUAAAUAUGGCUUCGACAAGCCGCUCCUGACAUGCUGCGGGUACGGAGGGCCUCCGUACAACUACGAUUUCAACAAGGGCUGCCAAUCUAAGGAUGUGACGGCCUGCGACGACGGCUCAAAGUUCGUCAGCUGGGAUGGCGUGCACCUCACAGAGGCCGCCAAUGCCGUUGUGGCCAAAGCGAUACUGAGCUCCCAAUACUCCAAACCCAGUCUCAAGUUUAAUCAGUUCUGCAGGGCCUGAUACUUGUUCAUACCUGAUACUGUACCUUUUAGUUUAGGCAAAUUACCUGGAGAUAUAGCUGGCACCUCAAAAUCUAAAAGCGUGGAGAUGGUUGCCGGAAUUGAUUAUCUGGUUCUAUUCAUAAUAUAGGGGAGAGUGAAGUCAAUUGAAUAUUAAUUUGGUUUCCCACCACAUGAUGCCACCUGAAAUGAGUUGCCUGUUUGAUGAAUGCAUUGGUGAAUCGUCAGCUAGAAGGCCUGUUUUGUUUGACUAAGAAAUUGCAGGAGAGGAUGAAACAUUGUUGGUCCGAAUGUCCCUUUGAAACAGUCAUCAACAUUUAUACGAUUUGAGAUCAUAAUUGGGUCA